AUUCCCUUACAUACAGGGGCUGGUCGACCUUCGUCUCAUAUUUAUUCUUUCUUUGUUGCUCUAUUGUUCUAUCGCUCUCCGCAAUGAAUCCCACGCAUACCCCCUUGACUUGUUUGCUUGUGUUUGUUUGUCGCUCUUAAAUAAAAAAAAGUUUAAAAAACUCCGACGUAUUCGAAAAUGUCCGGACCGACGUCACGAUUAAGAAACAUUCUCAGCCAUUUGGGCUCUGGAACAACCAACUCGGUAGCCAAAUCGCCCGCUGGUUUCGAUCAUAGCCACCACAUUCACCAAUUAUCUCCAACCUUUUUUCUUGAAAGGGCAGCUGCAAUUGAACCAGAUGCUCUAGCCAUAUAUCAUGUUACGGCAAAUAACAAAGUUUUGAAAAGGCCGUACUGCGAAUUCGCUGAUCGCGCGAGAGGGUUGGCCUACUACCUCCUAAAACACGGCUACAAGCGAGUCGGUGUAUUAGCGACUAAUACGCCGGCAUUCCUGGAGUCAAUAUUCGGCAUUGUCGCCGCUGGUGGGGUUAUCGUGCCCGUAAAUUAUCGACUAAAACCCGAUGACAUCACAUACAUAUUCGACUUUGCUGAAGUAGAUUCCAUCAUCGUUGAUAACGAAUAUUUGUCGUUACUCGAUGACUUCAAGAAGAGUCAUCCAAAUGUGCCGUUUAUCGUUGACUUAGACACCGAUGCGACCGAAGGCGAGCUCUCUGGUCCAUUCGAUGAAGCAGUUCUUGAAGGCUUGAAUUAUGAUCGAGCACAAGGAAGCAAGGGAUGGAGCGGUCUACAUUCUCACGGUAAUCACGAAGAUGAUAUGAUCGCCAUUCCAUUCACGUCAGGAACUACAUCCAGACCUAAAGGAUGCGUAUAUACGAACCGAGGCGCAUACCUUGCAUCAAUAGCCAACGUGAUAGAAUCCGGAUUGAAUUUUGACAAUGGGAGGUGUAAAUAUCUGUGGAUUCUGCCGAUGUUUCAUGCUGUGGGCUGGACGUUCCCCUGGGCGAUAACUGCCGUGAGAGGUACUCACUAUUGUCUCAGAAAAGUUGACUACCCGUUGAUUUGGAAACUCCUCAAGGAAGAAGGUGUCACUCAUUUCAAUGCGGCGCCCACGGUGAAUACCAUAUUGUGUAACUCAAAAGAAGCGGAAAAGUUGCCGCACCGAGUACGAGUCACAGUGGCGGCAAGCCCGCCGACGGCACAUCUUUUUGAACAAAUGACAAAUCUAAAUCUACACCCAGUACAUGUAUAUGGCAUGACGGAGACAUACGGACCAAUCACAAAAGGCUACUACAUGCCGCAAUGGGACUCACUCCCUAACUCAGAGAAGUACGCGAAGAUGGCUCGCCAGGGACAUGGUUUCGUAACGAGUCUCCCGAUCCGCGUGAUUAAGGCAGAUCAGCCAGAAGGUGUUCUCAUCGAUGUGGCGAAAGACGGAAAGGAAAUCGGCGAGAUCGUUUUCUUCGGUAAUAUCUGUAUCAAAGGAUACUACAAGGAUGCUGAAGCGACGAGAAAACUCUUCGCGGGUGGUGCCCUGCACUCUGGUGAUUUGGCAGUUUGGCACCCAGAUGGAAGUGCGCAGAUUCAAGAUCGAGCUAAGGACAUUAUCAUCAGUGGAGGGGAGAACAUAUCUUCUGUCGCGCUUGAGAGUCUGCUAGUACAGCACCCCGACGUGUUGGAAGCAGGUGUUGUCGCGGUGCCGGAUUCUCAUUGGGGUGAGAGACCGAAAGCAUAUCUAACCGUUAAAGAAGGGAAGACGUUAGAGCCCCAAGAUAUGAUCAAUUGGUGUCGUAGUCAGGACACGAUCAGCAAAUUCAUGAUUCCGAGGGAGGUCGAAAUCGUUAAAGAACUGCCGAAGACGAGCACAGGCAAGAUUCAGAAGAACGUCCUGAGAGGGUGGGCAAAGACUGGAAGGUCGGAAGUGUAAGUUCUGUAAUCGUGGCUGCACUGCCAAUUGUAUCUAUUUAGAGGUAUUUGGGCGCCAGGGAACAUCUCGAGAAGAGUAUAUCGGGUGAAAGCCAGGGUACGGCUAUCUUGGGACGGAUUUUCGAAAGUUCUAUCUCGUACGUUUUCGAGGUCGGAAGAAUGAAUACCUAGGUAAUGAAUCCACGACAUAAUACCACGUUACACAAGCCCCUUUCUGCUAUUCCGUAAUCUGGUAGGGCGGCCCAAGUUUA